CUCAUUGAGCAUUUCUGACAGCCUGUCGUCACGACGCGAGAGUGCACUUCAGCUGUAAUCAUGGCUCCCAGAGGACAUUUUACUACAGGAAGUCUUUCAGCGUUCCUUUUCCUCGGAAUAAUCAGAGGAACUUUUCCUGUGGUGAUGUAUUUCGCGGUACAUUCUUACCAGUCACCGAGUUUCGUCUUUCUUCUUCGAACGCCAGGGACUGUAGUGCUCUAUAUUGUUUACAUGACGUUCCUUUCGUACAUGGACAGCGAACAUAAAGAAAAUUUUCGAAAUAACUUCAGAUCAGUAAGGAAUCACUGGAAAUUUGCUGUGAUGGGUUUUGUUCAGUUAGCUGCUCCUUAUGUUCUGUUUAUGUACGGGUUGAAAGUAUUAAGUCCUACUACAGCCGGAGUGUUUAUGACGGCAGCUCCGUGGUUUUCACUUCUUUUAGAAAGGCUGCCUUGCAUUAGGUCCACGUAUCAAGUUUCUACUAGCAAACUUGGUGCAAUUGUCAUUGGAUCUCUUGGAAUCAUUUUGGUCUCUGGAUCAGGAAUUGGUUUAGCUGCAAAGAGUCACAAACAUUGUCAACUAAAUAACACUGCAGCCGCACCCUUAGUGAACAUUAGUGAAAAUGCAACUACAUUGCCUUCAACAGAGGUACAAGGCAAGUUUUGUACUCCAUUUUCAGCUGCAGAGCUAGCUGGAUCCUUACUGGCUCUUUUGGGUGGAUCAGUAAUGUGGUCAGUGAGCUCAGUAUUUUGGCGCUCAAAGAGAGGAAAUAUUCACUAUGUCAGUGGUGGUAUUGGUAACAACAUUUUUGGUGGGAUUUUUGCUCUUGUUCUUUUCCUUGUAAUGCAAAAGCAUGAAGAUUAUGCUAAGAUAAACUGGGGAGAUGGCACAGCAGUUUUCUCUAUAAUUUUCCUGACCUUAGUAUCUGGAUGGCUGGCCGCUCUUUUGGUGGAUUACAUGUUUAAUGAAGUCGGGGCUGUGAUAGCUAACCGCGUCUUAUGCCUGGUCCCAAUAGUAGUGUGGCUCGAGGAUUGGAUGUUUGUUAGAAAAUUUGAGAUGCUGGAUGUGGGAUACAUUAUCUCCGAGGUUGUGGGUGUAGUACUUGUGUUGGUUGGUCUAACUAUUUCUAGUCUGGAACCCGAGGAUUUGCCGAGUAUGCUGAGUAGACCGCUAUUAAGCACUAGGGAACAGUCACUUGAAAGUUCACAGUUCUACGAGAACGUCCGAGUUGUUGACGAUGGCACGACAUCCGAUGAAGAGGUGAGGACCACGAAUUACCUUCAGCAGUCAAAGUCUUUCCCACCUUUGGUGAAAUUAACGGAACAGGAUUAUUGACACUCAGCGAGGGAUUUAUUAUCAGCUUAUAAAUGCUCAUUGCUAUGAUAAUUACAGCGGCAGAAAUUUGUUGAAAGAAAUUGCAUUUUUUUUCUAAGACAUCGCAAGCGGAGAAAUAGAUCGCAUAUUUUCAGACUGAACCAAUGCCGUCGAAUGGGUACAUGUAUCAGAGAGAGUUACAACCACGUGUUUCACUGCAAUUCCAGGAAAACUGCUCUUGUUCAAACUCCAAGGAGUGAACAAAACGUCCCUCUUCGGUUUCCGUUGAAAGUUUCAGUCACAUUUUGCGACAAAUCAUUCUUUCAAACAUUUUCUAUAAACACCAACGUAAAAGUACAACGUUGGAACAAAAAAUAGUAAGUAUGUAUUUCACGCCAAAGUACAGCUUGUGGGUUGCUCUAGAGCGAUGUGGAUUAGUUCUUUAUUAGUAGUUUAUUUCAUUUGUGGAAGUUAGGGCUUCAACUAAUAGCCUCGUCGAGUUGUACAUAUUCUCAGACUGUAAAGAACGUAUUCCACUGACUGAGAAGGCCUUAAUUUUACUACAGAACGGAGCUUUUAAUCAAAGCAACCUUAUUCCCUACACCACAUAGGUUGCUAUUAAAAAAAUUUCCAUCAUAACCUGGUGAUAUUGUGAAAUCUAACUAUUAGGUCAUAAAAAGUACCUUUAGCUAAUUACAUAUAUAUAUAUAUGAAACCUUUUUUUUUUUUUCAACCUUUUUCUAAAGAUAAAAACCUUUUUCACCGAAGGGGGAUGAGUGGUCCAAAGAGUACAUACUGAAAUGCAAGGAAAUUGUGUUCCAUUCUUAAAGUUCUCGUUGGAAAUGAAAAGAAAAACGAAGCUUUCAAACCGUUUUCGGCACAAAUAAUUGUAAUUCAAGUUUGUUAAAAACGGUAUAACAGGGGCCAUAAUAUGACAAAGAUAUCACGUGAUCUUCAAGGAUUAAUUUGCCCUCUGCUUUAGAAUAAGGCCCAGAAAUGACGUAUCGUUUUAUGGACCCAGAGGGCCCUCGUGAAAAUGAUGAGCAAAUGGUUUGUUAUAAUUUCCUUUACCCAGGCAGGUAAUGAUAAUACUUCAAUUUAUUAAAUA